AUGUCCCAACUGCCUAUUCUGUCCUCGUCCUCAGUUGGAUCGUACGACCAACAACAAAGUACGCAGCAGCAACAACUGUUCCCUGGUGAAGAAGACAUCUUUAUCAACUCCUACAUGUUUGAUCCACAACAACAACAACAACAACAUGUUGUUGAAGAGGAUGUCAACUCAAACCUGCACCAACAUGUUGAUAAUCAAACCUACCCGUCACAUUCCAACGGAUACCAUGCUGGAGAUGAUGUUAGCCAAUUCUACUCUACUACCGGUGAUUGGCAUUCAGUGAAUCACACCGUUAACAACCAGGAACAAAGUGUGUCAUAUCAACCUCCUGAGAACAUCCCAGUCCAUUCGCCGCCUGAGACGCCGCAGUCCUGCUAUACCCCUCAGCAGCCUCCCCAGCCUCCUCAGACUCCAGACCCGCCCCAACAGCAGUACCAGUACAACUACUAUCAGUCUCAGCCCGAGACAGGUAUAAGCUUUAUACCUCAACAUCAGACCCAUAUGCAUCAACAACCAAUGAUGCCGUCGCACACAUCAACCCAGGAGCCUAACUCGCACCUGGUGGCACUGAUGUGUCCACGGCCAUUGGCACAUUUGCCGUCGCAAAUGACUCAACCAUCUUCAUUGUCGCCCUUGUCGCCACUGUCGCAGCCAUUGACUAAUCAACAUAGUCAACAGCUUACGACGCCGCUCCAACUGCCUCAACAGCCAUUGAAUCAACAGCCACCACAAAUGUGCCAACAGCCGUGGACACAUCAGUGCCACCUGGUGCGAGUACCAACUACUCCCCUGUCCUGCCAUGUGCCACAACAUCCGUCGUGCCCCCUUGUACAACAACUUCAACCACACAUCUCAAUUCCGCUUGAGCAAUAUAAUAUGCUCUUGCGCAUUCAAUCAUCGUUGGCGUCGCCGCCACCACAACAACCAAACUCCUUCUACAAUGCCCCAGCCACCGUCAAUCCCUUUGCCCAACUUGGUCAUCCCAACCUGUCACCUGAGGGUGUUGUCGAUCAACAUCCGCCCCUGCAGCAACAACUGGGCACCUACAGCCAAUAUCCUGAUGCGUGCGCCUCCCCUUCUCCUUCUGACUCGUCCGAGCUCACCUCUGAUAGUUUCUCGAGUGAUAGUAACCUUGAGGUUGCUCCACUCUCCCCGCUUCCCUUAAAGGCAAAUGUUGAGAGAAGGUACCUCUCCAGGGGGCUUCUCAAGAUGAAACAAAAAGAUGCUGCCUUUAAACUGGGACAAAUCUCUGGCUCCUUCCUCUGUAGGCUUCGUCAACAAGCUUUAAAGGACAUUGGUUUGAAUCCUAAAGACCAUCCCAAAUGGCCCCAUCGUCAAUACAAGAAGCUCAAGAAGCAGCUAGGUACUUCCAAACGCAACAGGAAGAGUUGCAUCCAGAGAGGAACCAACACAUCCCAACAUGAUGCAACCAUUGCCAAAAUCAAGAAAGAUAUUGACCUGUUGCUGACUCCCAUGUUGAUCUAG